AUGGCACCUUCCGCAGAGACAGAAUCGGUCAUGACAGUCCAACAACAGCACAAGCCCAAGAGCUUUGCCGAGAUUUGCAGUCGGCGCACCAUUGCCAACGCUGUCAAUUACGAGCCCAGCAUGGUGGAUUUUUUCCAUCAUUCAAUUCCAUCGACGGUCGCGUGUACCAAUCCUACAGGAAAUCCUACAGGAAAUCCUACUGAAUCACGCACGCGCACGAUUCACGGAAGAUCCAACAGUUUUGUGGAAAAUCAGGCUCCCAAUCAUCAUGCUUGCAAUGAUGGUAAUAACAAUGGCAAUACUAAUAAUAGUAGUGGCAAUAACAAGAGAAGAACCAGCAAGAGAGAAAGCAAGCAACGCAGCAUUAGCUUGAAUCCUAGCAGCGUGCGCUACGAUAUGGAAUUGGUGCCGCGAAUCCAAAAGAAUGCCAGUUUUUAUGAUUGCCCUCAAAAGGAAGCUCCCUUUUUUGCCUCGGUCCUUUGGAGACCCAAUAAACGCAAGGAUUGGGAAGAUUGCUUGAGCGAAUUGGUUGCGGUUUGCACCAGUGCUGGUUUGCGCCAGUUUAUUGCCCGCCACAAGGGCAAGCGUGGCAAGAAGCCUCAAUUCACUGCCCCGCUUUCCAGAGAUUACAUACGAGAUAGAAUAGAUAUAGAUGAUCCACUCAGAGGUGUUCAAAUACGACACGCCACGCAAGGAUGGUUGCAAGGAUACUUGCUUUGGACCAACUUUACCACCUGGACACAUUAUUUUGCGUGGGAUUCAAUGAAUGAACUUUCGGGACUUCAAAAGUGUGAGUACGUGAAAGAUGCCGAUGGUGUACUGGCACAAGAAUUGAAUAGUCUGCCUCGGACUGGAUCUCCACAAGAUGCAGGUGUGAUUUUUGAAUCCAUUGCCGAGAUUGCUCUAGUGGGUGGGCUAGGUUGUGGAGACUUGCUGCUCCGAAUGGCCUUGGAAGAGAUCAUUGCAGCUGGCAAGUACGAUUAUGUAGUCUUGCAAGCCACGUCUGGUUCAAGAACCUUUUACGAACGAUAUGGAUUCAAGCGAGUCGGAGCUGUGUGCCGCUAUGGAGAGCAAGGCAAGUUGCCAAACUUGGACACACCGGUGCAAGGAUACCGGCAUUGGACCCAUGCGAAUGAAAGUCAAAAAUCGUUGGAUAUGCACGGUGGGCCCAGCUACAUGAUGGUCCUCAAGAUUGCGGACUAUCAAAAUAGAAUGCCACUACUCUUGGAGGCAUUGGAAAAGUACACAGUGGCGGAUCGGCCAACCAUUGUUGCGACUCCCAUGUCUCCAACUCCCAAGGCUCUCAAGAAACUCAAAAGGGCUUCUUCCAUUGGAAGCUUUGGAAUUCCAGCACCUCCCUUGCCCAACAUUACGUCCUCUCGUAAACGAGUCUUUUGCCAGGAUCCUCUAAUGUCAAACAAGCGACCUCGGACCCAUUCCAUGGAGACUCCCCAGAGAAUAACUCCUGCCAGUUCACCAAUGUUUGGACCAGUAUCCACAACUGCAUCCAAGGCAGCACGGUCCGAUCUCAUUACACCGCCACCAGAUGGAAAACCGCUUUCAUAUGCCCAAAAGCAAUAUCAAUCUCCAUGGUUGGCUGUUCCUUCGGCCCCGCCAUCCCUCAUCAAUAACAACAGCAGCAGCAACAAUAGCAGCAAGAGGCAACGCAAACCACCAAGGUCCAGAAGCUCGAGCAGCAAGACUACGGUUCCAACUAGAAGCGCAUCAGCAGCCGCUAGUAAUACAGUAUCACCUUUGACACCCAAAAAGGUGAAGGUUGCCCCAGCCAAGCUACUGCCCAAUAGCUCGUCCUCACAAAGACAAGUGGUCCCGUUUGAAGGGAUUCGAAAGAUUGACAAGACUACCCUCUGCAAACAAAAGGUCAAGUCGUAUCCACGCGAUCGGGCUCACUUUUACAACAAGGUGGUGACCGUUGGCAGUGGUAGCAGUGGUAGCAAGAACAAACAACCACAAUACUACUUUUGCUUGCACUAUGAUGAACCCAAACAACUAUUGACCUUGUGUCCCAUGGCAAUCAAAGGCGUAUUGAGUGGCCGACGACAGGGUCGACCACGAUAUCAAUGCGUCUUGUUGGAAAAUAGCAAAAAUUGGAUUUGCAGUUCAGCCAAGGAUUGUGAGACGGUGGAAGCUUUCAUGGUCAUGAAGACACCAAUUGUGGCGCAAGAAGCCUGGGACAUUUUGAGUGCCUAA